AGAGUCUCUGUGUCCUCCCUGCAGCAUCAACCUGCAUCUUGGGGAGAUGACUCACAGUGCCAUGCAAAUGGAUGGACUGACAGACUAGACUGGAGGAGACCUCAUGGGGAAGCUCUGAGAGAGAAGGAGCAAGCCUCACCCAGACUUACCUGGAAGGGGACAGCUGCUAUGUAAUGGCCCUCAGUGUGAUGCUAGGGCUGAAUCUGGGCCUCGGGACUGCAGUACAGGCAGAGACCCUUCGAAAGCCCAUCCUCAGGGCUGAACCAGUCUCUGUGGUCACCUGGAGGAUGCAGGUAAUCAUUUCAUGUGAGGGGACCACAGGGGCCCAGAAGUACCAUCUGUAUAAAGAGGGAGGCCCAGAUCCCUGGCGCACACAGACCCCACUGUACCCUGGGGACAAGGCCGAGUUCUUCAUCCCAUCCACUGAACAGCACCAUGCCGGGCAAUAUCGCUGUUACUACCACACCCCUACUGGCUGGUCAGAGCGCAGUGACAUCCUGGAGUUGAUGGUGACAGGAUUCUACAGCAAACCCAGCCUGUCAGCCAUUCCCAACCCUGUGGUGACAUCAGGAGGGAAUGUGACCCUCCAAUGCACCUCAGGGCAGGGAUAUGAUGGGUUUGCUUUGACUAAGGAAAAUCAACAGACGCUCUCCUGGACCCUGGACUCACAGUAUAUAUACUCUAAUGGACAGUUCCGGGCCCUGUUCUCUGUGGAUCCUGUGACCCUCAGUCAGAAGUGGAUAUUCAGAUGCUAUGGCUAUCAUCUGAGCAACCCUCAAGUGUGGUCAAAACCCAGUGAGCCCCUGGAGCUCCUGGCCUCAGGAGCAUACGAGACUACCAGUCCAUCAAAAAACAUACCAGAAGAUAAAUCAGGAGCAUACAAGGCUACCAACCCAUCAAAAGACAUAUCAGAAGAUAAAACAGGAUCAUACGACACCACAAGCCCAUCAAAAAACACAUCAGAAGAUAAAAUGGCCUCCCAGGCCCAGGAUCACACUGUGGAGAAUCUCAUCAGGAUGGGCAUGGCUGGCUUGAUCCUCGUGGUCCUUGGAAUUCUGCUGUGUGAAGCUCAGCACAGCCAGAGAAGGACCCAACGUGCUACCAGGAGGUGAACAGGAGCGACAGCAGCGCACCUUUGACGUUAGCAGAGUCCAGGAAGUCAAUCUUAGGGUUCCAGAGUUUCUGUAAGAAAAUCUAGUGUUUGUGUGGGGAACUGUUGUGAGAGUUUCCAUGCGCCCAGGAAGUAGGUGUGUUCUGGGUGCAGGGGAAGAUCUGAAUGCUGGGAUGGAGCAUUCUUUCAACACCAAAUUGAGGUUCUUUCCACCCACCUUUAUGGACUUCUGCUAGCUGGCCCCCCUCUCCUCUUACCUGCAUAGGUGAGGGACCGUCCUGGCCAUCAGCCAAGCUUGGGUCCUCACCUCUGUGAUCUGCUGCCCCUCACUUUCAAGUGAUUAUUUUCCCUUUUAAUAAAUUACAUUCCCCAUUUGCAUUAUGAGCCUCUGUCUUUUUCUUUUAACCAUUCAGAAAGGUCUUUGCUCAAAUAACAAAAGACAGGCAAAAUCAUACUCUAGAUGAAAAAUCAUUGCAGGUAAAUGAUGCUCUAAACUCUCUCUGAAACUCUCAAACACUCAGUCCUCAUCACACACUCACUGUGUUGUUUCCCUAGAAAUGCAGAAACUUGAUACCAAUAUGCUGGUAUUUGAAGAAAGUCUCUGGUGAGACACUGUGGACACAGUGCUGAAGAUAUCUUUUAAAACAAGGCUUGAAUUGUGAUAUUUGAUGGUUAAUGUAUAUAAUGUCUUCACAGUCACUUCAUAAUACCAAUACUAUGUCACUUGUGUGGAGUUUGGAAAUGAUAUACAAGACUGAUCUAUCUUUUUUGCAGGGUUUUGAGACAGGGUCUCCCUGUAGCCCUGACUGGCCUGGAAUACACUGCAUAGACCCAGUUUGGCUCACAGAGAUCCACAGAACUCACAGAGAUCCACCUGCUUCUGCCUCCCAGUUAUUAUGGUUAGAGACGUGUGCAUAAAGCCCAGCUAAUAACACUGAUCUGUCUUUAAUUUCAGUUUUCACAGUCUGUUGCCAUUAUACACAAAAGCAAUUGACAUGUGUGUUACUGAACUCUGUAGUACAUUGUUACAAUCACUUACUAGUUCUGUGAAGUUAUAGUUAUAAAAUAAUUCAAAGUAUCGAGAGCUGAACACGUCAUCUACAAACAAUAACAGCUAAGUUCUUCCAAAUAUGUGAACCUUCAUUUACUUUACUGACCUUACUGCAUCAGCAAGGAUUCCAAGUCCAGUGAUGAAAACACAUGGAAAAAGAAGACGUGGCUUCCGUCUACCUGAUUUAGUGCAAACCUAUUUUCUCACUAUUGAAUACAAUGUUAAUUUCAGCCUUCUUUGUAGACAAUCUUAUUCCCAUUGAAGAAGUUCUCUAAUUUACUGUGCAUGUACGUGCCGAAUGGGUAUGGGACAUUAACAAAUACUUCCUUGUUGUGUACAUGUAGGCCUUUAUCAUUUAUAUUUUUUGUUUACCUAUUUAAUCUGGUGGAUGCUAUUAAUUGGUUUUUAAAAUAUUGAAUCAAUUUUCUUUAACCAAUUAAAUCCUGGUUGUUCAUGGAUAGAGCUUUCGGCAUAUCACUGGAUUGAAUCUGCAUGAUUGACAAUAAAAUAUGUUCUGAUAAAUGCAUAUUUAGACAACUUCUUCAUGGUGAAACACCCUAAAAUGAAUUUAUACAAAGUCACAUGGACACAGUCGCACAGGUGAUGUGAUCUUGCAGGACUACC